AUGAUUAUCCAUGGUACACAUGAAUUAUAUGCAUUAAAAAGUGUAAGAAAAUACAUUCUUCAAGUAAUUGUCAGUGACUAUUAUGAUGUUAUUACUUUGUACUUUUGGGUCCUGCUGUAUGUUACUAGCUAUAGUUUACUUUUGACAGAUGUAAUUGCCACUGAUGAUCCAGCUGUUGCUUUCAAGGACAUUGAGAGUGCAUUCUUGGUUGGUUCAAUGCCCCGCAAGGAAGGUAUGGAGCGCAAAGACCUCCUGGCUGCCAACGUCAAGAUCUUCAAGGUCCAGGGGGCAGCGUUAGAGCAGUACGCUAAGAAGUCAGUGAAGGUGCUGGUGGUGGGCAACCCUGCCAAUACCAAUGCUCUAAUUUGUGCCAAGUAUGCUCCUUCCAUCCCACGCGAGAACUUCUCGGCCAUGACCCGUCUGGAUCAGAAUCGUGCUCAGGCCCAGAUUUCUGCCAAGCUGGGCAUUCCAGUGACUGAUGUUAAGAACGUCAUCAUCUGGGGCAACCACUCCUCCACGCAGUUCCCAGACGUCCGCCAUGCCUCUGCCAUUGUCAACGGACAGACUGUGUCCGUAUACGAUGCCAUAAAAGAUGAUGCUUUUCUCAAAGGCGAAUUUAUUACAAGCGUUCAGAAGCGUGGUGCUGCAGUCAUCGCUGCUCGCAAGUUGUCAUCUGCAAUGUCUGCUGCCAAGGCUGCCUGUGACCACAUGAGGAGCAUUUGGGAGGGAACAUCAGAAGGUCACUUUGUGUCUAUGGGAGUGUUCUCUGAUGGCUCGUACAACCUGCCUGAAGGGGUCAUGUACUCCUUCCCUGUCACAAUUAAAGACAAAAAAUGGAGCAUUGUUCAGGGGUUGCCUAUUGAUGACUUUGCUCAGGAGAUGAUGGACAAGAGUGCCAAAGAGCUUUGUGAAGAGCGUGAUGAUGCUAUUGCUGUGUGUGAAGAUUAGGGUGGUGCAGCAGUUAGGCCUAGGCUCUGAGAUACACACCACUUGUUAUUAAAAUUUAUUCUAGCCUCAUUCACACACACACAAACCAGUUGUUAAUGUUACAACUUUAAGUCAGUACUCUCAUACUUUUGGGCUGCUUUGAAGAUUUUAUAUGGUGUUUUAUGUAACUCCAAAGAAAGAGUAAAAGCUGUGUUCCCAGUCUAUAUUUCAUCAUGCAGGACAGGAAUCAUAUAAGGUGCUGAAAUCAGCCAGCCUGAGCUGGGAGACUGGGGGGGGGGGAGUUUGUUACAUAUUACAUUAAAGGAUUGAAAAGAAAGAUCUAAGUUCACACACAACCCACAUGUAGGAGAAUGAAACUUAUGACGAGAUUUCUGUCUGACUUGGACAAUCAACUAGCCACCAAA